UGAGUCAGUUUGUUGUUUGCCUCAGUCGUGAGCGGACGGUCCGUGGAGAUCGGAUCGGCCCAGAUACAAAUACAUAAGGCAAAUACAGACCGAGAACGGAAUCGAUCGAUUGGCGAUCUCGUUUGAAUUCGAACGCGGGCGAAUCUAGUCUGAUCGGAGAUCCCCAACCGAACUGACGUUGUGCCUCCGCCGAAUAUACCAUAUAGGAUAUAAAAUAGUAGUCUAAGUGAUAUCCAACACUUGCACUGGAUGAUUAGAGCUGGUCUCCGGGGUGCAUAGAACGUAAGAAGUCGGAACAAAGCGCGACAAAGCCGAGCAUACUUUAUAACCUGUUUCGGAUACGUCUAAAUUGCCUUCAAAAUGUCCAAAAUGCCGGAGACAACGUUUGCCGACCUGAGCUUGGCUGAUAAGCCAGUAGGUGGAUUGGCCAGAUUCACACAACUCGUUUCUAUCGCUGAACUUGGCGAUUACGGCAGUGAAAAGUCCAGUAUUGAAGCUCGACGGUUUUCUGAUGUCUCCACCUGUUCGUUUAGCUCCACCUGUUUCACUGGAAGUUCCGACGAGGAUGAGAUCUCUCCGAAGGACAACCAGCAGCGCAACUCCGCCGGCGGGACCGACUUUUGCGUGAAGAGCAUUUCGAAGAGCGCCUUUGGAAGGCGGGAGAUCGAGAUCGCGGAGUCGGAGAUGCCAGGCAUUAUGACGCUGCAAAGGGCCAAGGAUGAGAAGCCCCUGAAGGGAGCCCAUAUUGUGGGAUGCACCCAUGUCAAUGCGCAGUCGGCGGUAUUGAUCGAAACUCUGGUCCAACUGGGUGCCUCUGCGUGGGCAGCCUGCAACAUAUACUCCACCCAAAACGCCGUUUCCGCUGCUCUGGCAGAGGCGGGAAUCCCAAUCUUCGCCUGGCGCGGGGAGACGGAGGAGGAAUUCUGGUGGUGUUUGGACAAAGCCAUCUACUCUGAAGGCUGGCAGCCCAACCUGAUCUUGGACGACGGCGGGGAUGCCACGCACCUGCUGCUGAAGAAGUACCCGGAGUACUUCAAGCCAUCCGGGGCAUUGUGGAAGAGUGUGACCGGGGUUCAUCGGUUGUACAUGCUCUCCAAGGGGAAACUCACCGUUCCGGCCAUCAACGUUAAUGAUUCAGUAACCAAGAACAAGUUUGAUACUUUCUACACGUGUCGCGACUCCAUACUCGACAGUCUGAAGCGUACCACGGACAUUAUGUUUGGUGGAAAGCAAGUUGUGAUCUGUGGCUAUGGGGAUGUGGGCAAAGGUUGUGCCCAGUCUCUAAAGGGUCAAGGCUGCAUAGUCUAUAUAACGGAGGUGGAUCCCAUAUGCGCUCUUCAAGCUGCCAUGGAUGGAUUCCGGGUGGUGCGGCUCAACGAAGUCAUAAGGAGUGAUGUGGUGGUAACGGCAACGGGUAACAAAAAUGUAAUCACCCGGGAUCACAUGAAUCGCAUGAAGAAUGGCUGUAUCCUCUGCAACAUGGGACAUUCUUGCUCGGAGAUUGAUGUGAAUGGCUUGCAUACCCCGGAGCUGACGUGGGAGCGAGUGCGUUCCCAAGUUGACCACAUCCGUUGGCCCGACGGCAGGAUGAUCAUUCUGCUGGCCGAGGGAAGACUGGUGAAUCUCUCCUGCUCCACAAUUUCUUCGUUUGUGGUAUCCGUGGCGUCCUCCACUCAGGCCCUGGCUCUCAUUGAACUUUUCUCAGCGCCAGGAAGAUACAAGUCGGAUGUCUAUUUGCUGCCAAAGAAAAUGGAUGAAUAUGUGGCUAGUUUGCAUCUGGCCACUUUCGAUGCCCAUUUAACGGAGCUCACAGAUGAGCAGGCAAAAUUCAUGGGCUUAAACAAAGCCGGGCCUUUCAAAGCAAAUUACUACAGAUAUUAAUCAGUAUUUUAUGUUUUAUCAUGUUAUUCUCGUUGUGUAAUUUUGAUAUUAAUUAGAAAAUAAAUAUGAAUAUACACAAAUUUUAAAA